AUGGAUUUUUUCAAAAUCAAGAAGACAAAGAAAGCUCAGAAGGCGCAUGGAGAAAAUGAUGUAGCGGAUAAGCCAGUUUCAGAACAUAGUGAGCCAAAACUUGAUGACGGUGGUGAUGAUCAAACUAAAUCAGUUAAUGCAGAUCUUGCUGCUGAAGCGGAGGAUGACGACGAUGAUUUCAUUACAAAUGAAGUAAAGAGGAGGCUGAAGGAACUCAGAAGAAACAGUUUCAUGGUAUUGAUUCCUGAAGAAGAACCUUGUCAAGAGGAAGAUGAAGAUGAGGAAGAGGAAGGAGAGUCAAGCUCUAACGAAUGGAGGGAUGUAGAGGCAGAAGGUCAGCGAUGGUGGCGUGGUUUCGAUGCUGUGUUUGAAAAAUAUUGUGAAAGAAUGCUGUUUUUUGAUCGGAUGAGCACACUACAGCUUAAUGAAGUUGGCAAAGGUUCCCAGUACCUUUCUUCUCCAUCACCAAGAUCAGCAUCGAAGAAGCUGCAAUCACCCCUUCGGUGUCUUUCCUUGAAAAAGCUCGAGGAAGCUGAUGAUGAUACUGAGCAUCUUCAAAAGCCUGAAAAUGAUCCCUACAUGGAUAUUGAAACAGCAUACGUUGGUCAGAUAUGCUUGACUUGGGAAUCACUUCACUGUCAAUACACCCAGCUGAGCCAGAAGAUAUCUUGGCAACCUGAAAAUCCUACUUGUUACAACCACAGUGCUCAGCAGUUUCAGCAGUUCCAGGUUCUAUUACAAAGGUUUAUUGAGAAUGAACCGUUUGAGCAGGGUCUCAGGGCUGAAGUCUAUGCUCGAACAAGGAACAGUUUGCCUAAAUUGCUUCAGGUUCCUAAUAUUCAAGGUUUGGAUCAACCGUCAGCAGAAGAAGAUUCGGAGAUGAGAGUUCUCGCUCCUGAUCUUAUCGGGAUAAUCGAACAUUCCAUCCUCACAUUUUAUCUGUUCCUGAAAAGAGACAAAAAGAAACCAAGUGGUGUCAUCAAUCUGUUUGGGAAUCAGAACCAUCUGGCAACUCCUCUACACCAGGUCCAAUCUAGUCUUGAAAAGAAAGCAGUGAAACUGAAAGAACUGACCAGAAAGAAGAGCUGGAAAAAGAAUUCUUGGCCCCAAAAGCCUGAAGACAUUCAACUAUUUCUUGGUCUUAUUGACGUCAAAAUCAUAUCAAGGGUUCUCAGAAUGACAAGAAUCACUAAAGAACAGUUAUUUUGGUGCGAAGAAAAGAUGAAAAAACUAGAUUUAUCAAGCAGUAGGUUAGAGAGAGACCCCAGUCCUAUCCUCUUCCCAUGCUAAUAUCAAUUGUAGUUUGUAAGAUAAACAGCUGCUUAGAAUCAGCAUGUCUAGUUACUUUUUCAUGCCAUACACAAUUGCAAAUUGCCUGUUUUCAGGAACUAGAGGCAAAUUUGGAGUUGUAUCAACGGAUAACAAUUUGAAAAUAUUGAAGGG